GUUUUGUAAGUCAUUUACGACGUGGUCGCAGUCAUAGGUACUCUGUCAACGUCAGCUCGUCUACUUUUAUCAGUUGCUUGGAAGUUUAAUUUGUUUUGUUUGCUGUAUUUAAAUUUUGAUAAAAUUUAAACUUAUAUACCUUCCCUGAAGUGUGUAUCAUGAAUACUUUUUGUUUGGAUAGGAAGAAGCCACGGAUGCUGAAACCCAUACAAUCAGUGGGGGCAGACUUGGACCAUUUGGAAGCAGAGCGGAGCAUUCUUUCUGACCCUCAGGACAACAGAAAAAGGCGUACCAUCCUCUUACAUAAAAAAAAUGAAUCCUGGGGGUUCACUAUACAGACAUAUGGCUUUAAAAACAAGAAAACGGGGGAGAUAGAAGUUUACACUUACGUAGAUUAUGUUGCAUUAAAUGGACCAGCAAACAUAGCCGGCAUGAGGAGAGGGGACAUAAUUCUGUCCGUUAAUGGAAGGAGUGUAGAAUUUGCCACUCAUCAGGAGUUAGUGUCUGUUAUUCAGUCAUGUGGAGACCAGGCAAGAUUGGUGGUGUUAUUUGUGGAUUGUUGUAAAAAAGUUGAACUCCAUGAUAGACUCAUAAAAUUAAAGAGAUUGCUCAACUUGAAGAUAAAAGAACUGAGGGAUGUAGAAAUGAAAGAGAGAGAACUCUUGGAUGAAUUUUGCUUCACUCGAGGCCUUGACAGAUUCGACUAUUGCAGACAGAGCAUUCUCAGUACCCAGUCAAACGAGUCCAGCUUGGACAGGAUCAGCAUACUGACAGCCAACAGCAACCUCCAUAACAUUCCAAACACAGUCACCCUCCAUCUGAAUGCAUCCAGCUCCUUUUCAAACACAUCUAAGAGUUCUAGUGAUGAGCUUAGUGACUGUGCAUACGAUGUUGAUAGCUUUGCUGAUGUGAAUUAUGCAGAUGAUUCUGACGGAGACUCUGGGUAUUCUAAUGAAGAUUUCCCAGGCAUACAGAGAAGAAACACUGUCAUUGAACGAAGAAAUUCGGGAGAGGAUGUUAGAAACAGACGAGAGACAUUGGUGGCUGUUGAGUGCGAGUGUGAAGGUGACAGGAUAUGUCGACUUUGUGAAAUAAGGCAACAAUCUGAAUCCAUGGACAUGCCCUUGUCUGAGGGUUCAGAAGACGCCACACCUGUGAUGGACUCUGAUAGUAGUUUAGUUCAUACCCCUAACCCUGAGUCUAAUCCAGAUUGUAUCCCUGGAUCUGAGAAACCAGAGCAGGUUUCAUGUGAACUCAAUGACUGUGCAGAUUUGGUUCAGUCCAAUCCAGAUGACAGUUCACCUGCUGGUCAGGUAAUAUCUUACCAGGACUCAUCAGAGACGGAGCCAGAUACAGCCAUGAAGGAUGACUGGGAUUUCCCUUUCUGGACAGAGGGAGCAAUCUGCAUCAAUCUAGAUGAUGAGGAUACCAAACUUUGAUAUUUAGCAUGAAUUGUAUCAAUGUUGGAUGUUAAUAUCAAAUUGCUGUUUUGGAUAAUAUUUAUGUGCUAAAUGGAUUAUUAUAUUGCUGCCGCCACUUCACCACCACCACCCCUAUUCCACCACCCCUACCCCAUAUUCCUUUUCACUCUCGCCACCACCCCAUCCCCCUUCACACUUACCACCACCCCCACCCCAACUCCAUUCCUUUUCUAGUGGAAGUCAAUAGAUGCAGUUUAAGAUUUACAACUUUAUUCCCAGUCUUAAUGAAUUAAGACCAGAUUGUUGAUGUUAUUAUCUGUUAUAUGUCACCUUAUAUGUUUUAUUCUAUACCAUAUCAUGUCCCACCCCAUGAAUGUUUUAAUAUUGUUGAUCUAAGACCAAGAUUUUUUAUUGUUUGUGUAUGUGUAACAUUGUGUCCAAAAGUUAUUUUAUGUGAUUUUAUUUUGUUUUCUAAAUAUAAAACUCAUAUUCAAAUAUCAUAAUGUAUAUACAUGUACCUGCUUAUAAGUCAGAUUUUGGGGAAGUUAAAUUUUGGUCACAAUCUUCUUUAUGUAUAAAUCCUACUACUGCCAAGGAAAUUUUUCUCGCUUAUCACACGUGAAUGAUAAUAAAUUCUUAAAAUGUAUGACAAGAAAUAUAUCUGAUUCAGUUUUUAAAAAAAAAAUUAAUGUCAUGAAAAAUAGAUUAGAUUAGAGGUAAAAUAUGACAGAAUCUUGAUCUGAAAUUGACAGUUGAUUCUGGGGAGAAUUUUAUCGACUUACAUGCAGAUCUAGGUAGAUGUCAGAAUACAACUGAGUUAUGAGCAAACAACAUUAUGUGUGAGUAUGUUUACAUGUGUUGUAUUGUUAGACUUCCUGAUUAUUGAAGGGUGUUCUCUUAGACGUGUAGUCAUUAGGAUGUGUGUAUACAUGUAUUUCCUUGUAGUGCUGGUCACUACUACAAAAUAGCAUUUAUUGCAUUUGACGAUUUCUUUUUUAGUAUAGAUGAAGUGUGAUUGUGCCAAAUCUUUGCUUUGUUAUUCAGUAAAUUUAGAAAUUCUAGAAUAUUGUUGCAUAGCAAAAUAAUGAGUAACAAGGAAUAAUACUAUAUAGUAAAACUUGAUUUACAUUCAGGUACAGAGGAGAUUUGCUUACUUGUGCCAAAGGCUUAAUAAAUAGUCUGUUAAUAAUCCAUUUUUUCUGAUAUAUUGCUGUAAAAGAAUUGUGCUUAUUCAUAUCGCUCACAGGCAAUUAUAUCGCUUGGUUUCGAAUUUACUAUUAAAGAGUACUCUUCAAUAGUGAAUUCGAACCCAAAGGAUAUAAUUGCCUGGGAUUUCAGUUAUAAAAAUAUGUUAGCUUUUAAUAUUUCCAUGCACAUAUACUGUUUCAAGAAAUACUCCACAGGGAACACAAAUACAAUUAAGUGUUAUCUAAGGAAAAAGGAUUAUAUAUGAUGAAGACUUAAUGAGGUCCCCUGAAAUUACUUAAUUAUCUAAAGCAAAGUUUACUUUAUUUGAUCAAGAGUGCAUAUGCUAAAUUUUCAGAGAGAGGUAUUUUAUUAUUAGAAUUGUUGGUUCUUUAAAAAAAAAAAGACAAUAUUUUAUAUAAUGUACAUUUUCCAGAUUUCCUAAAAUUUGAUGAGUAAGAGCUACAUUGUAUGUUUUGGGUAAAAAACAAAAAAGUGCAGCAAAUGAGAAAAUGUUUUGUUUCUGACUGCAAAAAUGGGUUGAAAUUGUUUGUAAAUUUUAUUUUGAUUUUGUCAAACAAGAAUUGAGGCUUUAGAAGGUGUGUUCGAAAUUUCAACAAUUUUAAAUGAAUUAUCACAAUUUUGAGGCACCAGAUUAAGCUUACAUUGCAUCUUUUUCUUAAUUUUGCUAACCUAUUGUAAAACAGUAUUUUGAUUUGCUUUAUAUACACCAUGGAUUUUGAUUAUUUUAAAUAGAUUUGGAUUAAAAGCAGCAAAAGUCUGCAUGCCUGCUUCUAGAAUUUUUAAUUGAUUGUGGAAAAUUGAAAAUUUUGCUUAAUACUGCUUUUAUAUGUUAGAAAAAAAAACUGUAAACACCAGUGUGAGUAGAUGGUGAAUAAUGUAGUGAUGGUUAUAGAAUUUCCCUCAGCUUCACAUUAUCUCCCCUUAACACAUUUAAUUGGCUCAUAAUUGUACUAAGAAACAAAUUUAUUUAAAAUCCAAAGCAAAGAUGGAAAUGGACAAUGAUUUUGAUGGUGCUAACCAUGUGUUUCUCUUACUGUCAAUUAUUUAGUAUUUACCUGUUCUAUGUUGUUAGCAGAAAUUUGGAUGUGUUGUUGUAAUUGUUGAUGUUUUAUCAUGAUAUCAGUAGUGUUGUUAACAGUGAGAUUCAUGUCAAUACAGAAAUAGUGUUGUUAACAGUGAGAUUCAUGUCAAUACAGAAAUAGUGUUGUUAACAGUGAGAUUCAUGUCAAUACAGAAAUAGUGUUGUUAACAGUGAGAUUCACAUUGAUACAGAAAUAGUGUUGUUAACAGUGAGAUUCACAUUGAUACAGAAAUAGUGUUGUUAACAGUGAGAUUCAUGUCAAUACAGAAAUAGUGUUGUUAACAGUGAGAUUCAUGUCAAUACAGAAAUAGUGUUGUUAACAGUGAGAUUCACAUUGAUACAGAAAUAGUGUUGUUAACAGUGAGAUUCACAUUGAUACAGAAAUAGUGUUGUUAACAGUGAGAUUCAUGUCAAUACAGAAAUAGUGUUGUUAACAGUGAGAUUCACAUUGAUACAGAAAUAGUGUUGUUAACAGUGAGAUUCACAUUGAUACAGAAAUAGUGUUGUUAACAGUGAGAUUCAUGUCAAUACAGAAAUAGUGUUGUUAACAGUGAGAUUCACAUUGAUACAGAAAUAGUGUUGUUAACAGUGAGAUUCAUGUCAAUACAGAAAUAGUGUUGUUAACAGUGAGAUUCACAUUGAUACAGAAAUAGUGUUGUUAACAGUGAGAUUCAUGUCAAUACAGAAAUAGUGUUGUUAACAGUGAGAUUCACAUUGAUACAGAAAUAGUGUUGUUAACAGUGAGAUUCAUGUCAAUACAGAAAUAGUGUUGUUAACAGUGAGAUUCAUGUCAAUACAGAAAUAGUGUUGUUAACAGUGAGAUUCACAUUGAUACAGAAAUAGUGUUGUUAACAGUGAGAUUCAUGUCAAUACAGAAAUAGUGUUGUUAACAGUGAGAUUCAUGUCACUACAGAAAUAGUGUUGUUAACCGUGAGAUUCAUGUCAAUACAGAAAUAGUGUUGUUAACAUUGAGAUUCAUGUCAAUACAGAAAGUGUUGUUAACAGUGAGAUUCACAUUGAUACAGAAAUAGUGUUGUUAACAGUGAGAUUCAUGUCAAUACAGAAAUAGUGUUGUUAACAGUGAGAUUCAUGUCAAUACAGAAAUAGUGUUGUUAACAGUGAGAUUCAUGUCAAUACAGAAAUAGUGUUGUUAACAGUGAGAUUCACAUUGAUACAGAAAUAGUUUUUUUAUACAAUGUGAUUCAUAGUGAGAAGUGAUGCUAUUAUACAAUGUGCUUCAAUACAUACAGAUUUACUUCUAUGUACUUGGUAUCUUUUUUAAUUUUAUUUUUAAUAACAUUUUCUAGAAUAGUAUAAUCAUUCCUUGAUCAAACUCAUAAUUACAGUGUUUAAUUGCUGGAAUGAUUUCUGUAAUGUCUGUAUAUUUCACAAACCUGUUUUUAAAGCAGAAUUGAUAACUGCAGAUAUAGAAUUUUGGUUUUCAAGUUUAUAAUAUACAGUACUUAUGUUACAAGAGAGAAUAUACAAAUUGUCAUGUGAUAUGGUAUGAAAUUUUCAACGUUACCACUUUUUUAAAAUGUGGAUACUCAGACAUUAAGUACAUAAGGAGCCAAAGAUGUCGCAUGAUAUAUUUUGUAAAUCUAGGAAGACUAUAUGGUCACAAUUUUUGUUACUCCCAGUAUACAUCAAUAUAUUUGUACAAAAUUGUUAAUGAAAUAAAAUUGAUAAUAUGA